CUGUAGACGAGUAAAAAGGGUGAUGGACAAACGUGCAGGCACUAAGACCGCAAGGCAUUCAUUCCCUCCCACGGUGGAUGCGGACGCCGGGAGGAGCGGAGCCCGGAGCGAGGAGCUGGGAGCCGCGGCGCAGAGAACACGCAGCGACUCCGAAGAUCAGCCCCAAUGAACAUGUCAGUGUUGACUUUACAAGAAUACGAAUUCGAGAAGCAGUUCAACGAGAAUGAAGCCAUCCAGUGGAUGCAGGAAAACUGGAAAAAAUCUUUCCUGUUUUCUGCUCUGUAUGCUGCCUUUAUAUUCGGUGGUCGACACCUAAUGAACAAACGGGCGAAGUUCGAGCUGAGGAAGCCAUUAGUGCUCUGGUCUCUGACACUUGCAGUCUUCAGUAUAUUCGGUGCUCUUCGAACUGGUGCUUAUAUGGUGUACAUUUUGAUGACCAAAGGCCUGAAGCAGUCAGUUUGCGACCAGAGUUUUUACAUUGGACCUGUCAGCAAAUUCUGGGCUUACGCAUUUGUGCUAAGCAAAGCACCCGAACUAGGAGAUACGAUAUUCAUCAUUCUGAGGAAGCAGAAGCUGAUCUUCCUGCACUGGUACCACCACAUCACUGUGCUCCUGUACUCCUGGUACUCCUACAAAGACAUGGUCGCCGGGGGAGGCUGGUUCAUGACCAUGAACUACGGCGUGCACGCCGUGAUGUACUCGUACUACGCCUUGCGGGCGGCGGGUUUCCGCGUCUCCCGGAAGUUCGCCAUGUUCAUCACCUUGUCCCAGAUCACCCAAAUGCUGAUGGGCUGUGUCAUUAACUACCUGGUCUUCUACUGGAUGCAGCAUGACCAGUGUCACUCUCACUUUCAGAACAUCUUCUGGUCCUCACUCAUGUACCUCAGCUACCUUGUGCUCUUCUGCCAUUUCUUCUUUGAGGCCUACAUCGGCAAGAUGAGGAAGACAGCGAAGGCUGAAUAGUGUUGGAACUGAGGAGGAAAGCCAUAGCUCAGGGUCAUCAAGAAAAACAAUAGACAAAAGAAAAUGGCACAAGGAAUCACAUAUGGUGCAGCUAAAACAAAACAAAACAAAACACAGGAGCAGACACAAACCCAAGGCAGCUUAGGGAUAAUUAGGUUGACUUAACCCAGUAAGUUUAUGAUCCUUUUCGGGUGAGGACUCACUGAGUGCACCUCCAUCUCAAAGCACUGCUGCUGGGAGACCACAUCCUCUUUACCUGUCAACUCUAGGACGGAGGAGAACAAGCAGGAGCCAGAGGCAGAGAGAGAAUGGCAGGCAAGCGAAGGCUGUUAACACGAUAGCAAAGGAUGUCUCUACUGAGUGUUAUAUUUCUCUAAGGAUGAACGAAUUUUAUUUUUUAAAAAAUGGGAGCACAUACACACACAGUCCUUUCUGAUCUUCACUGACACCAAACUGCAGCCAACAGAAAAGAUAAAAAUGAAAGAGAUACAGGGGGUGUGUCUAAAACAAUAACGCUUUUGCAGAAAUUAAGGCCUUUUUAAGAAAGGUUAGUUGUUGUAGCCCCAUGAGAAUAGAUGUCUUAAUCAUCCCUUAUGAAAACAGAUGUAAACAAUUAUAUUUCAACUAAAAAAAGAGAUGAAUAUUCACUGCAUAGCUUCAGGCUGGUGAGUUUGCCAAACCAAACGGGGCACAGUCGUCUCCCAAGGGUCUUCCUGGGAGGAUGGGAACAGUGCGGCCCAGGUCCCAGAGCACUGCCGACAGUGCGACUGUGAUUUCUAGCUUGCAACGAGAUAGGAAGAAUUAUCCUUUUGUUCAGUUGCCGCAGGCUUUUGAACAGAAGAGUAAAUACAGAAUCAAAAAGAUAAAAAAACGCAACCAAAUGAUUUGGAAAUGGAUUCUGUACGACCUGAAAGAGGCCCAGCCCAAUACCAACCGCUGAGCUGGGACAGGGAAACUGGGAAGACAGGUGAGCCGCCCAUCACGUCCGUAGACGAGACGUACACCCCUCCCUAUCAACUUCACACAUACUCCUAACUUUCCAAAUGAAACCCUGUAGGAUAGUAUAUUUUCUAUAUUUUUGUGAAUUUCAAAAAGAAACUGCAGGACUCCUGACACUGGGUGAACACUGUGUUUCCGCAUCGUCUGCAUGUGCUGCCGAGCAAUGCGGAGGUGUUUGAAGUGCCCUCUGCUGGCUGAGUGGAGAUACUUCAUCCAACACUCAUGGCAAGUUUGGCUGAAAACAGUUGACAACAAAAGGCCCCCUAUAGACUUACCCCCACCCCAAAUUUUAAAUGACAUAACAUACUUGUCAUACUUACUUUAGCCAAAUCAGAAGAUAUCCAUCCUGCUUCAAGUCAGCUUCAGAAAUUUUUUAAAAGGGACUUUCGCUCUGGAACUCAAAUACCAAUUUAUUAAGAGCCAUAUUCUUUUAAAAAAACAAAAAGCUAGGUCAUAUUAUCUGUAAUAUUUCAGUCCUUUACAAGCCAAAUACAUGUGUCAAUGUUCCUAGUAUUUCAAAGACACAACUCUGUAAAGUUGUUCAAUGUGACAUAAUAGUAUUAAUAUUAUAAUUGGUUAAGUAGCUUAAUGAUUAGGCAAACUAGAUGAGAGAUUAGGGCUGUUCCACAGCAUAGACAUGCACACAUAGCCACACACAAAUGCACACACAGAUGUGGGAAACACUGAACUUCAGAUCCCAAAUGAAUAGAAACAUUUUUCUGGCUAGCAGAAAAAGAAACUUGUUUAUCUUUCUUGCUUUAUUUGAGAGUGUACAGUAAAAGGGAUUUUUCAAAUUAUUUUUAUAUUGUUUUAGCUUUAAUUGUGCUGUCAUUCAUGAAACAGAGCUGCUCUGCUUUUCUGUCAGAGAUGGCAAGGGCUUUUCCAGCAUCUCGUUUAUGUGUCGAAUUUAAAAAGAAUAAAGUUUUAUUCCAUUCUGUGUGAA